AAAUUCUUUAAAUUCGGCCACUGGACUAUCUUAUCUUUGAGUAAUAGUGUUAGCAGAGAGUGAGUUGGAAUAUGCAAAUGAAGACGACUUUCAACAAUUAGGAUCAGGAGCUCGGUUCGGAGACUCUCAGGGGUUUACAGUUCAGGAUAUUUUGGACCCAGGAUCCCAAAAAAACCAAGUUCUUCAGGCCUUUUCAAACCUUCCACUGAUACUUGAUCAAUCAAAUCAACACUUGAUUGAUCAAUCAUUGUUCGAUCCGGAACUCAUUGAUCAACCGGCUGAUCAAUUUGUAUUUGAUUUGUCACAACAUAAUCAAUCGGAUGAAGAGGAUAAUAAUUAUUCUGUUAGUGCUACUGAUGCUGAUUGGUCCGACUUCAAAUCAAAGGACCGAUUUUCCGGCACUCUCGAGGAGAUGAUGGAAUCUUUGAUGGAUAUUCAGAGAAGAGGUGACAGAAUGGUGCAGGGUAUAGAACAACAAAGGAAACUACUGGAUUCUCUAGAUAAAGAGGUAUCUUAUGAGAAAGUUCAACUUGAAGAAAUUAUGAGAACUAGAAAGGCCGAAGAAGAAAUACUUGAAAAAAUAAGAGAAGAAAGAAGAGAAGAGGAGAAGGUCUUGGAAAGUUUGUUAGAGAUUAGAAGAAGUGAGGAAAAUAUUAUGCUUGAGAUGGAGUUGAGGAAGAAAGAGGAAGAGGAGAAAAUACAAGAAAUGCAAAGAAUGAGAAAUGAGGAAAUGGCUAAAAUGGAGGAAUUAAGUGGAAUAAUCAAUCAAGAACAAGGAAAACUGGAAAAGGUAAGCUUGUCCUUAUAUUAA